AGAACUCCUACGCGUUUCUUCCACUGUUUUCACUACUGUAAUGUCAACCAGGUUGCCGACAAAUAGCACUGUAUCAACUGUCAUGGGGCAAAUAACAACAAUGGUUAUACAACCGAGUUUUACCUCUCAAACAGAGAUGAAGACAUCAAGCAUUUUCGCUGGAAUCUCGUCGAUCCAAGAAAUGAUGUACACUUCCAGCAAACUUUCUACUGUUAUGUUAGAAAGUAGCCCAACAAUUGCUCAUCAAAGCAGUUCAAUGCCAGAUCUGAUAAGUUCGAAUGCUCUGACCAUAAGAGUACAAACAGCAAUGUCAUCAUUCACCAAUAUGGAAUCGAGCUCUGUACCAGAAAUGCAAACAUCAGCACUGACACUAACCGAAACUGAACCUAUUACCUCAAUGCACUACACAUCUGUUUCUAUGACAACAACUCAAGUCCCACAAAGCGAACAUUCCUCCACUUUACAAACGGAAAUGUUGUCAAGUUACACGUCAAUGUCUCAACCAACUACCACAAAAUUAACUUUACCAAUGAACACAGAAAUGGUCCCCACAAUCACAUCCAAAUCAUCAGUAGUGUCAGAAAGCGACAAGGUCGAAAUGGUCAGCAGCAAGUCCUCUCCUGAUCUAUUAGAAACAACAUCAGAAAUGAUGAAAAUUUCCAGCACUCAACAAAUUACAACCAUUGAAAUACCGCCGCCAACACAAACGAUGGAUAAAUCAAGCAUGCACCAAGUGACAAACACUGAGAUAUUGCCAACAUCUUCCAUUAUACCUCAAUCAUCGUCCACUAUUAUAACUUCUUCAAACACUAUGGAUGUAUCAGUCAGCCAAGAUAUUACAAAAAGUAUUGCCAUUAACGCCCAAACUCUUUCUUUGAGCAACACAGUCUCUUCGUCUGAUAUGAGUGCUUAUAGCACGAGUGAAACGGUAAGUAUUGAUGCGAUGAAAACUAGUUCAGUGGCGGAAAUAACAAGUAUUAUCACAACUUCUUUCGUACUGGUAACGUCUUCGUACGGAAAAAUAAGUACAGAAUCACCGAAACUCACUCUAUCAGCAAACGGGAAGAUCAGUUCAUCAACCCCAAAACUCCCUACCUCGUCUCAGUUGACAAUGACCACCCAGUAUCCCUCGGAUAUCACAACAAGCAGUCAAUUUCCAAAACACACAAAAACAUCAUCUUCUCAAGCGCAUUCUUCGUACUUCGUACUUAGUACAUCAGCUACGACAAGAGAAAUUUCAACAAAUUCAAGAUACCAACAGUCUACAAACAUCCCAGAAAGUCCACCUCGAUCAACUUCAACAGCUGAUGGAUUGGUCAUUCCCGUCAAAUCAAGUUUAUAUCAUGCAACAUCUUCGUCUUCGCGCGAGCAAGGUAAGUAACACUCAUAGAAUUUUUCCUUCAAUUAGUACAAUAAUAUUUUAAUCCUUUGGAGGGAAAAAGAGCCUAUUUGUUAAGAAGUUACAAGUUAUUCCCCUAGAUCAUCUCAAUAACAAGUGAGUUGUGCACGGUUCAUCAAUUAAUUCCUGGUAAAAUGGGAAUGAAAAUUGACUGCAGGAAUGCGAGAGUUUGUAUGAGAGUUUUCUCAACUCUCAUGGCACGAUGGAACAAGAACAGGAGUGGCAUAAGAGUUGAUGAGAGCUGACUGGAUAUUACCACUUGAUGCAAAACUCUCAUCAAAAUUUGAAAAUAACCUGUAGCUCCUGUAGCAUAAUGAUAAAAUGGGAUCAAGAGAUGGCAACUAAAUGCUAUAUAUCUUGUAUUGUGUAAAUAUGGCAAUACGAACUCUGUUAAAUGUGUAUUCCACGUACUACUUACAACAUGAGCAGCCGUGUUGUAUCGGAUAUGCAAACUUGAGGCGAAGGCGAGAGUUUGUAUAUCCGAUACAACACGGACGCGAAUGUUGUAAAUGGCUUGUGAAACGUCUUGAUGAGAACAUUCGUAUUCAACAAUUUAAAAUAGAUGCAUGCAUGAUAGCUGGUUAGAAAUACACAAACUCCUUCACGGUCAUGAUUUCUUUUGUGUUUUCUUCAUGAGUUAUUAAAUGCUAACCAAUAUAAUUAUUUAUCUUAUUUAUAGCCACUGCAACACCAACGACUCCAGUAGUAGGUCAGUAUAUUGUAUAACUAUACUGUAUAUUAAGUCAUAACAGUUAUAGAGCUAUUUUAAGACGAUUCCAUGUCUUUCUUGUCACAUUUUUCAGACGGUAAUUAUUCGUUUAGCUUUACUGUUGUUUAAUAGCAUUUUGUUGAUCACCAGUAAAUGCUGCUUUUAAUUUAUAGGGCCUGAUUGACUGUUUUCCAACGUCAUAAAAUAGGCCAAAUCAUAUAAAGAUGCAUGGGUUUAUUGUAGAUGGAAUUUUCGAACUUUAUAUAUACAUUUUUAGACCUAACCAAGAACAAUUGCGAAAAAUGCAACUAUGGGCAAACUAGCAAGAAUAGAACCUGCGGCCCUUCUACUGUGAUAUCCAUACUGGAAUCUGCCUCGUACCCAGGCGUCUCUUUGUAAAAAAAACAGUGAUGCGCAUAUGACGAGUUUACAUGAAGUAUUGUAGUGGGGAGAGAUGGGCGAAGGGGCUGAUGGGAAGAGUGCACUUGAGGAAUAGUUACACAGAGAAUAAUACAUGGGUGCGCGGAAAUACCAGAUUUAUUUCGAGUGUUGAACAUGAUAUCAUGCAUGUGUUGAACCAGAUUUAUUUCGAGUGUUGAACAUGAAAAGCGAUAAUUUUCACAUGUGAGAUUAUCAUAAAUAAUCUCACAUGUGAGAUUAUCAUUUUUAUCAGUGCUCGAAAUCUCUUUAAAGCACUAUACUUUAUAUAAUAAUUAUAGUUAAUGCUCAUCAACUAGACCCUGUAUAGCUCAGUUGGUUAAAGCGCUGCACCGGAAUCACAGGCUCGAUUUCUGCCAGAGGGCCUUUAGUUGCAGUUUUCGCAACUGCUCCCUCUACACAACAAUUUCAUCUACAAAAAACUAUCUACUAUUAGUUCUAUCGAACGGGAGACCCAAAAAUCUCAAAUCAUGUAAACGUGAUACAUAAAGAUGAAAAUAUAUUUUAGACUAAAAUAUAUAUAAAUUUGUCUCGUAGGUAACACAUCUAAUGCUAGGAGUGAAGGUAAAAAUGGCGUAAAUAUUUCUCUAUAAAACCAAAAUCACGACCAUGGCGUAUAUUACCGAGCAAUGCUGGUCAACUUAGUUUGACUUUCUUCAUGGACAAGCAACAGAUUGAAAUAUUAUUAUGUGCAUGGACUGCAGAAAUACCUCGCUGUUAAGGGCAAGGCCCAAAAAGGCACAAUUCAAUUGGGUAUAUGAGAAGCCUUAGAGCCUGAUGUGACGAACCUAAUACAGUUGAGCUGAAACAGCAGUUGUCAUAGGAUUCCGUACAUGAAUAUUGCAACGUUUGAAACGGUGAACUUACCUAUCUGUUUCAUUGCGUUAUAUAGAUGACAUUGACGCUGUUGUUUUAAUUGUGAUUCCUAUCAUGUGUGUACUUUUCCUGGCUGCAAUAGUUCUUGCAUUUAUCAUGUGGAUAAGACACAGAAGACGACAGAAGAGGUAUUUAUUUGAUCAUUUUUAAUCUAAAAAGAACGAAACGUUGUUCAGUAUAGAGGUUAUAUUGGGUUUUUUUCACUGAACUCACGGAUCAGUGCCAACCACAACAUCUAUGGUCGGAGAUGUUUCCUAAAAACAAGGCACGACAAAGCAUGCAUUGAAUGAAGAUUAAUAUAUCGGUUGUAUCUUCUUGUUUUGCAAAGAAGGGAGUUAGGACACAUCAGACAUAUGACACUUAUGUGAAAAGAGUCUGUAACGCUCUACCGAAUUAAGUCGUGGGUUUUCUCCGGGUAUUCCGGUUUCCUCCCACGGGGAAUGUUGACAAGGUGGGUUGGGAUUAGCCCCGUAACUGACCCAUCCACUAUAGCUGUGUUCCGUGAUCAGACAUGAGUCAUAAGAUGGCUGCCAGAGGCGCCCUUAGUAAGUCUUCGACUGGAUCAGGUUGAGCUGCGUCCUUCGCAAUUCAGCUUAGGUCUCAGUUGUAAGUAAGGAUGAUUAGCUGCACACCUCACUUUUACUAGUUUACUUGCUUACUUGCUUCCUCGCUUGCUUGAUUGCUAGGGUUGUGAUUAGGAUUGCGAUGAACAGAAAUAGAUUGUCACCUUUUGACCGAUGACGUCAUCCCUAUAUAAGAAACAGAACAGAUCAUCCCAUAUUUAAGAUACUAGACUGAAGGGUUGAAAAGUUAAUUUGGGUCGUGAGUUAACGCGUUUGAAUACUUAAACUAAGGUAACAAGGGAAAACCAGUGACGAACACAAGGCAACGUCCCACCCCCUCCUAAUUUUUGAAAACUGUCGAAUGAUAGCUGAAUAACUGUGUAACAAAGCUGCAACAAUAAUUUUUCAAGAAUAAAAACAUUGGUAGGUUAAAUAAGUUGAAUAUCACAUCAAAUUUAAAGCAACAAACCUUAAAAAAACUGAGAAUCUAAAGAAUAUCUUUAAAUAACUGAGAAUUCGAUAUAUAUAUAAAAGGUAGCCAUAUGUUGGCACCAUAAUCCGUGAAGUGUCCGCCACUGGCGAAAACGUGUCUGACAUUUAUGCUUCUACUUUAUUGCCAGUGCUGACAAGAAAAAUGGAGAAAAUGGCUCAGAACUAUCUAGGAGAGGACUUGUGGAAAGUUUGGAAAACAUAAACAACAAUCAAGCAACUGGACUCUCCAAUCGAGGAGCAGAUGAUAGGUCGAGUCGUUCAAUGUCGCGAACUAGCAGCGUCAGUAAUUUAGAAACUAUACAUGAAGGAAAUGAACCCGAAGUACCAGAGGUAUAUAAACUAGACGAAUUCAAUAUAACUUGAAUUAAAAUGUCAAGGGUAAAUACCAUCCUAAAAUGAAUAUGUUUUGUGAUUGGCUUGCAAACACAAAAGAGAUCAUUGUUGGUGAUUCGUUCUUUAGAAAAUUGAUUCUGUAUUGUGUUUCGUUUUUUUCAACCAAUCACAAAAUCUGUUCAUGUGGGUUCGUAGCGACCCAAUGUCAAAGGUCGUUUAGGACGCGUUGUUUCUGGGUUGUGUUUCUCUUUAUAAGAGAAAUGAGACGGGACGUUUGCCGAGACGGGACGGAUCAAUUAUAAUCAGCAGCCAUGUACGCAAGUAUAGCAACAUAGCCACCUACACAUGUAGCCACAUAAUAUUCAGGUAGCCAUGUUGCCAUAUAGUCAGGUAACCAUGUAGCCAAGUUAGCCACAUGGCCAGGUUGCCAUGUGGUCAAAUAGUCACACAGCCACAUAGCCAAGUAACCAUGUAUAUCUAUGUAGCCAUGCACAUAGCCAGGAAACCAUGUAGCCAAGUAGCCACACAGCCAUGUAGCCAAGUAACCAUGCAGCUACAUGGCCAGGUUGCCAUGCAGCCACAUAGCCAGGUUGCCAUGAAGCCAUGUGGACACAUAGCCAAGUAACCAUGCAGCUACAUGGCCAGUUUGCCAUGCAGCCACAUAGCCAGGUUGCCAUGAAGCCAUGUGGCCACAUAGCCAAGUAACCAUGCAGCCACAUAGCCAGGUUGCCAUGAAGCCAUGUGGCCACAUAGUCAAGUAACCAUGUAGCCACAUGGCCAGGUUGCCAUGCAGCCACAUAGCCAGGUUGCCACAUAGCCAAGUACCCAUGUAGCCAAGUAACCAUGUAGCUACAUGGCCAGGUUGCCAUGCAGCCACAUGGUCAGGUUGCCACACAGCCAAGUAGCCAUGUAGCCAAGUAACCAUGUAGCCACAUGGCCAGGUUGCCAUCAAGCCACAUGACCAGGUUGCCAUACAGCCAAGUAGCCAUGUAGCCAAGUAACCAUGUAGCCACAUGGCCAGGUUGCCAUGCAGCCACAUGGCCAGGUUGCCACACAGCCAAGUAGACAUGUAGCCAAGUAACAAUGUAUAUCCAGGUAGCCAUGUAGCCACAUGACCAGGUAGCCAUGUACGCAAGUAUGUCAUGUAACCAUGCACAUAGCCACGUAGCUACGCAUAGCCAAGUAUAUACUAAGUGGCUAUAGCCAGGUAGUCAUAUAGCCAAGUAGCCACAUAGCCAAGAUACUGUAUCACGUAUGCAAGCAGCUAUGUAGCCAAAGUAUAGCACGUGGACAAAUAAACAAAAUAUUGCAUGUGUAGUCACAUAAAAAGGUAGCCAUGUGUCCAUGUGGCCAAAGUGGCUUGUCCCACAUAGCCAAAAUACAGGUAUGUAGCGAGAUAUUUCAGAUAUGUGGUAUAAUCAUAAAGUCUUGCAGCCACAUGAAAUCAAUAUGAAUGCUUCGGAAUGGCCUUGUAUUCUAUAAUUACUCCGACGGAACGAUGAAUGGAAUGUCUCAUGCCAACAUAAUCUUUGUAGACUGAAUAGUUAAUUUGCAGCAAAAUAGGUGUUUUUCUCGUUUUCCACCUUACCGUAAGCUUGGCUCUCGUCUUGAGGGGAAGGGACGGAAAACGUCAAGAUUCUACUUGCAUUAAAAGCAUAACGCGAUAAUUACGAGAGCGUCCUAGCAAAGUCCGUUCCAGCAAACGCCCCGUUCCACCUCGCCUGGUUACAUUCGUAAGAGCUUAUCAAAUGAUAUACGGUCCUAUUAUGCCGCCCUAAAUUAAAUGCAAUUGCGCAUAUAAUUCUCAUUCUGAGCAAGGAACUACAUGGAAUUUUCACCUGUUGCAAUUUUCAAGCGACAGGUAACAUACAAAGAGUAAUUUGAAUUUCGGUCCGCUAUUAUGUUGGUGAUUUAUUACAAUACUCUAUUUGUGAUAUCUCCAACAAUGAUGCAGUGAAAAGGCAAUUUGCAAGGGUUAAAUUUUGCCAAAAAACAACGGUUUAGGAAACGAUAUAUUAGAAAAAAAUGUCAAGAGAAAUAUUAGAGAGAGGUCCCACAUUUCAUUGAUAAGUUCUUUUGAAAAUGUAUCCGUCAGUUGGUUGGUAAUGAAGAUACAGUAAAUACAUAUCUUUCAAAUCUUAAUAUUGAUCUGAUACAUUGUAACAAAUAAAUAUGCGCAACAAAUAAUAUUUAACUCGAAUUCUGUCUGUAAUUAUAGAUUUACGAUCUUUGAUGGAAGGACUCUAUUUACUCUAGGUAACUGUGUUGUAAAGGAUUCAAUUCUCAUCCUAUGACAAUAUCAAAUAAGAAACAGCCCGACAAUUUAGUCCCGCUAUGCAAAUUCAAAAUUAUUAUCAUUAUUCAUUUCUUUAGAAAUUGAUUGUUUUCACAGUCAAUGAACACGGAAAUAUUUGCAUAGCGGGACUAAAUCGUCGGGCUGGCUACGCUACUUAUCUCAAAUAAAUAAUAUCUUGGUUGGCAUGUGAAAUUAAAUGGCCAACAUUAUAAUAACCAAUAAUUGUAAAUUAGAAUUACUGCACGAAUCCACAAAAUUUCAUUCAUGGCAGACGUUUAAUUGUAAAUUGUAACUGUAUGUUUGAAACGCUUAUUUAAAUUGGAGGAAUAGAUAUACAUGACAUAAUAUGUAACUGAAAUAUCAAUUUCAAGCCAACAGUUAUUUUAUCGCAUCAUUACGAACUCUUUUAACUAUUUGAAAAUACCCAAAUAAUUUUUGUUCUAUUAUAUCUAAGUUAGGUAUAUACAUAUACAGUAUAUACAUAUAACCCAUUAUGUAAUAAUUAUUUAAUAGCUC